CCUCCGUCACAAUCGCGGCAGCCACCGCCACCGCCAGCCAGCAGCAGCAGCACGCACAUCGCAAGCGGCCACCACAGCGACCAGCCCACUUCCCCCCAGCCGCUCUCGCCACGUCUUCUUGCAACGCCGACAAACGAAGAAGACCGCCCCGGCGACAUGAGGCUGCUGCUCUCCCCCACCGGCUCUUUGCCGUCGCUGCUGACGACGACGACGCUGCUGCUGCUGCUGCUGCUCAACCGCGCCACCGCGUCGUCGGUGCUCAGUGAACCAAAUGAGGUGGUCAUAAUGAACAAGACGAUCGUGCUGAGCUGCACCCUGGAGGGCACUGAGGUUGUGAAUUCGUGGCGCUGGGAGAAGGAUGGCCAUACCCUGGAUGGAAAGAACUCCAAUCUGGUCUCCCGAACCUUGACUCACACCAUCGAGAAGCCGGUGACGUCGGAUGCGGGCUCUUACCACUGCAUCUUCAAGACCGACAGUGGCGAGAAGGAUUCAUUCAUCAACGUCUCCACUGAGCCCAAGAUCGCUCCGCACAAGAAGCACCACGAGAGCCGCACGGAUGGGGAGACUGCACGGAUCAAGUGCAUCGCCUCGGGCUUCCCAGCUUUCAACUGGACCUGGUUCCACACGGUCAACGGGGUCCUUAACCUGGUGCAGAAUGGCACGGACAGGCGGGAGGUGCACACCCAUGGGAACUACACGAUACUGACCAUCGCCACUGUCGAAAGUGGGAAAGAUGAGGGGAACUACACCUGCCGGGCCUCAAACUCUGUGGGCAGUGACGAGGCGGUGAUGGCUGUGCGAAUCCACAGCCGCAUGGCAUCUGUUUGGAUCUUCCUGGGGCUCGUCGUGGAGGUGAUAGUGCUGAUCACCAUCAUCUUCAUCUACGAGAAGCGCACCACGAAGAAGGAGGUUGUCAUCCAGGAGGAUGAGCCCAAGCCGCUGAAGAGUGACAUGCACAGCGAGAAGGAGGAUGGUGUCCGCCAGCGAAACUGAGCACUCGGGCUGAUGACGGCACGACAAGAUCUGUGCCAUCGCCCCGUCACGAGUGCCAAAAGAGGAGACGAGACCACGCCGUUAUCUCGUUACAACUCCAUUAAACAAGUUGCCAAUUGAAGAGCAUUUUCAAAUACGUAAAAUGUCCUUUACAGUGGAAAUGUGUUCCUUUUUUUAAAAGGGAUUUUUAAAGUUUAUUACUGUUUUUAAACCCUCUUUAAAACCUCUUUACAACCCCUUAACAGCCUUUCAGUGCAGCAGUUUUGCCCUGCAGCCUGCCACAACCGUUGCCAAAAAGCGUAACGCCCUUUAUAGGCAGCACCAUCAUCCACAAGGUGGGCCAAAAUGGCCAUGUCAGGGCAGGGAGUUGUCAUCUCAGAGGGGCUUGCUUUUCACAUCCUUGUACUUGGUGUUUGUUAAAUGGCUGAAUGGCCCUUGCGUAUGUCAAGUAUGUGAACAAGCGCCUCUGAAACCCCUCGUUUAAUCCCCGGUGCUUGGUGUCUGUUGAUGCUGAUUUGGAGGGUUUUGUUUGUGAUUGUACGUGUGUGUCAAAGUUAUUGUAGCCCCCUUGUGCGCUGUUCUGGCCUUAGUUAGAUGCUCAUUCGCAGCACUUGCCCAAAAAGUCUGUAACAAUACGUGGCAAAUAAUUGUUUCUGCAUAUGUAUAUAAGUGCAAGUGUUUUCGAGUGCUGUAUCUGUGUUUGUACGUGUGUAUGUAUAUAUAUACACGAGUGUGUUACGUGUGAGCAUAUGUAUAUGUAUGCGUCUACUAAAUGGCGUUAUGCUUAACCCCACUCAUGUCGGGUUCGGUGGCUCUCAGCCCUGGGGAGGCGCCUCUCACACUUCUUGGUGCCUCUUAAAGUUUGGUUAAAUUUGUUUUAACGAGCUGCCUUAUCCAAUUUAAUCAGCCUUGCUCCUCAGGCUCUCGUUAUUCUAUUUCUCUCGCUGCCUCCCUCCUUGCCUGCAUCUCCCCCUGCCUCUUCCCCUAUCCUUGCCUGUCUCUCCCUCUCUCUCUCUACCUCUCCAUUACUCUUUGCCUCACUCUCAACUUUUUCACAUUUCCCUCGUUCAUCUCUCAUUCCAUCUCACCAUAUCUCAUUCUCACUUGCACUUUGUUUUGUUUUCUCCUUUCGUCGGCGUCUUUCUCUAUUGCUUUUUCAUGAUCUGUUAUUUUUCCUCUGUUUCUUAAUCCGUUUUUUCUGCUAGUCUUCCUCUAUUUAUGUUCAUCUCAUGUUUCAUUUCUGUAUCCAGCUCCAUGUAUCUCACGGUCUCUUAUUCCAUCUCUGGAGUUACAGCUCGGAACUUGUAAGCUCUGCUGACAUGUGGGGAUGCCAUCGUGUUGUUUCUGCACUUGGCUACUACAGAACAUCAACACAAACACGAGAGACACUACAAACGCCGGGGCACAGUGAACCACAUUCACCCAACGGCUUACAUCAGACGUGACACAAACAUGGGAAACAUCGCAAUGAACGACAUAAUCAACAAACUCUAAAAGACAAAAUACUAAAUGAAGUAAAGAGACGAACAUUAACACACGCUGCACCAUGAAAAACACAACACAAAACCACGGGUGUUAUACGCUGAAUUUUUGUUGCCUAAAUGAGAGUAAUUAUAGAUGAGUGAUCGCGUCUUGAGCACAGCUGGUUUGUUUAGAACACGAAACAUGUUUUACUUUAUUAUCGGGGUUACAAAAUGGCUUUGUGCCAAUCACACAUGCUGCAGCAGCACAAACAUGAGGGAUAGUUGAUUUGGUUAAAGGAAGUAUUUCGCGAGGGCCAAUAUACAGGGUGUUUGAAAAAGAUGGGCCCAAUUUCAAAGAUAUAGCGUAUUCAAAUCGGGUCCAUCUUUUUAAAACACCCCGUAUAUGUAGACUUCUUUCGCACUAUAUGUAGCCAACCGGGAUGAGCGGAGAUGCAGCGGAAGGGCAACACACUAAACGCUGAAAGCAGUUCUAAAGAAAUUCGUUUUCAAUCCAUAUUUAGAAGUGCUUAGCCCCACGUGCUUCCUAAUAUCGGAAGGAGAAUUGUUCCAGACUUCCGCAGAAUCGCAUUUGAAAGCGCUUGAUGCAGUGACGCAAUAUGACUUUAAUAUUAGCGAUUGUGCAACAUCACGUUUUUCGAGACUUGCACUGGAUGUGUGUGUGUCUUUGCUGUAGCUGGUUGCACAAUUUUACAACCGGAAUUAUAGCAACUCCACACGAGCCGCUCAUCAGCGAGCCCAAUUCUCCUUUCUGAGAUCAAAAUCAGCGAUGAGUAUUAUCAAAGUAUAUUACAUUUUCAAAUAAUGAUAAUGUUAUUGUCGUAACCCAAUUUAAGCGUUAUGUACAAUUGCAAUUGCAUUUUUUUUAUUAUGAAUGAAGGUGACAUUUAAAUAAGCAAAAUAGAAUUCUGACCAACCGAUAACAGCAGAGAGACAUCCGUGCAAACUGACAUUCAAUAUUAGUUAACCUGGAGAGAAAGGUUCAGUUUAAAGGUUGUAAGGCUAAAUAAAGAAUUGUGCCUAGAAUUGCAAACACUGUUCUGUGCACAGCAUUUUAAGGCUGGACUUUGUUUAACAUGUUGCAUUUCUACUAACUUGGUAUGUAACAUGCAUCAAUUUUGUUUUAUUAAAAUCAAUUCCACUUAAGUACACUGCACCAAAUCGUGUACGAGCAUCAAUUUAUCAAUUCGUAUCUUGUAUAUAAUGGGGUCCACGUGACCCCUGCAAGCCACUAGAGGCGCUGCAUUCACAAUUAAAUUUUAUCGAUCCUAGAAAAUAGUCGUGGCAAUUAAUCAAAUCACGAGGGGGGGCAAAUUGUUACAUGGAUAGUUGUGCUUGAAAGUGUUGUUGCCAAGUGGGAGCUCCUUUACCGCUUUGUGCUGUGCUUAGUGUUUCACCUCUUGUGUGAUUAGGGAUGAUGUUGGUUUAUAUGGUAGUUUGUCAUUGCAGUUGCAUUAACGAAAUAAAUCACUUCGUAGACAAAUGUCUGGUACAGAUGUAUAGGGAUGUAACAAUUCAUCCAUCUAAACAUUUAUAACGCUAAUGACACAGGAAGUCGUGUGCAAAUUAUUUUCGAUUCAUAUUGCUUGUGAUUUGUGAAUAGAACCCCCUUGUGUUACACAAAAAGAGCAAGGCUAAAGUGGAAUCGUAACCCGAAUUGUACUAAUUUAUUCAUAGCUAUGAGUGAAUCGUUACAUCCCUGAGUAACACAGAAUAGUGAAUUUAAUUCAUGAAUAUUGUGCUUAAUAAAGUCAAGAGAGAUA